UUCUGGAGAGCGUGCACUGACGUCACAGUUGCAGUUGCAUCAAACGAGAAGGCGGGACGACGACGACAGAUUCUGUUGAUGCUGUGUGCGAGUGUUCUAUUUUUGUAGGUUUUUAUAUGUGAUUUGAAGAUACAACAUGAGGCGAAAGUUACCGCCUUCCGACCGGAGGAAAUCUGGUCCAGCCAGCAAGCAAGCAUCUCGAGAUUCAAUUCCAGCUGAUCCAAAGUCGACACCAAGGAAAAACAGUAGCAGUCAUACCAGUACUCCUCAAACAAAACAGACUCCUCAAAGGAAAAGCAUUCAAGGCAAUCAAAAGACAACUAAUGACGUAUCUCGCAGAACUCGUCGUUUCAAAAAUGGAACUAAAGCUUUACGGGAAAUUAAAGCUCUUCAGCGGUCAACAUCCCUUUUGAUACCCAAAUUUCCUUUUUCUCGACUUGUCAGGGAAAUUAUGAAUAGUUUUUCUUACCACCAGUUAAGGGUUCAGUCUUCUGCAUUAGAAGCUCUGCAAGAGGCAGCAGAAAUGUACAUGGUGCAGUUUUUUGAAGAUUCAUUGCUUUGUACCCUUCAUGCUAAGCGAGUGACAUUGAUGCCUGCUGACUGUCAUCUCAUGCGCCGUUUAAGAGGGCCAUCUGAAGUGUGUAACAAAUAACAUUUCAGAAUAUUUUUAAUUAUGUUUACUGAUCUCCUAGCAUGAAAUUGGAUUUUAUUUCUCCUAUUAUGUAAUUAUACUAUUGACAAAUGACCUUAUGAGAUUUAUUGCCAUAUUUGCCAUAUUAAUGGUUUGCAAUUUAAUGUUUACAGUACAAAGUAAAUUUAGUCACAUGACAA